AUGUCCGUUUUUGAUUUCUUGAAAUUGGACAAAUUUAAACAUGACAUUCGCGUUGAUACCCAACAUUGUAACCGGUAUAUGGCCAAAGAGGACACUCCCGAAAAGAAAGUAGUCUUUACUGUGCAUUUGCCAUAUAAAUGCCUUCGUACGUGGCACGAAGCUCGACAACAAGCAUUGGCCCAAAAUAUAGCAUGCACGUAUGUGGAAAUUCUUAAUGCAAUUCUCUCCGAAGAAACAGGAUUGAAAUUGAGAGAAGAUAAUGAACGCAUCGAAGGGCGCUUAAGAAGAGAAUGUGGCCAGAUAGUAAGGAAAUCUUCUGAAAAACGUGGAUCGAGUCACCGAAAGCUUUUCGAGAAAGAACUGAAGCUUGCGGUUCAACUUGAUGAUUUGGCAUCAAUGGCUGAGCUAGAGAAGAAACUGGCCUCCGAACAGCUCAAGAAUAAGGACUUGGAGAAACGCUGUGAAGACUUGGUCAAGGAACUGUUCAAAGCACAGGAUGCGGAGAGAAUGGCAAGCGAAAAUUUUGCCAGAGCAGAAGAAGAAAUUGCUAACCUUAAAAAUGAAAAUCAAAAUCUUCACGACUAUCUCGAAGGUCUUGGUCAAAACGUGGGAUUUUCCAACAGUGGGAAAAAAAUUACAGAGACUGGAGAUCGCCAACAAAGAAGGAAACUGAAGGAGCUGAAAAGAAACGUGGAGAAAGCUCUAUGGUUUGCCAAGACAUUUGGAUUGGACUUGCAAAACGUAAGCUUCACUGAUGAAAAUGGUGUCAGCCACACAUUGUCAUACAAUGGCAAUGAGAAGAGAGGUUAUAAGGACUUGCCUGAAGAAGAAAGGCAGAAAGUGAGGAACAUUUUGUUUAUCCUUGAUAAAUUUUGUAUCGGAGAGGCUGCCUACCAUGAACUCACAAUGGUAUCGCCAGACAGUGACCUGCCUCGGUCAUAUCUUAUAAAACAGUGCAAAGAAGAUUUGAAGAGUAUCUGCCACAUAACAAGAACCCCGGGCUCAGCACAAGGAGCUCAGAUUGAUUUCAUAAAGGAGCUGCAGUCUGUUAUUCAAAAGAAGGUAUGUAUAUAAAUGCAACAGUUACAUUAAUAUUUACAAGUAAUGAGCCAAAUACACCCGGUAGAGUACUGGUGAUUAACUCAUUAACUGGCAAUGCGCUCUGCUUUUGUAUUUACUCUGUCUAACGCCAGACGAUUUUACUCGUCAGUAGUAGAGUACUACCAGUAAAUAUUUGGGUUGACAAACCAAUCUGCCAAUGUCUCUUAUUAAUUCAUCAAGUGGCAAUCAGGCCUGAAAAUAAAUCUUGUAACUGACAAAAGGCAAUAUAGAGCAAAUAUACUUUUCCAUGGUCCUUGAAAUAAAAGAAGCCAAUGAAAAGCUUUUGCUACAAUUAUGCCACUGGUCAAUUUAUACGAAAUCAAGUCCUAAAUUUUACAGCAUUUUCACAUGUGUAACAUACACAUGAUGCAUAAUUUGAAGUAUUGCAGUGAAAUCUUGAAUGCAAGUUUCACCAAUACCGGUAGCUGUAUACUGUAAUUUAAUAUACUGUUCAGCAAAAAACCAGUUGUGCCGGACAAUUACCUUUUCGUACCGGAGAAUGUCUGUGACCGGCCGCUCAUUUUCAGGCUUGCUGGCAACGCACCCAAAUGCACCCUGUCGAAUAAGUUUACUAGAAAUAUUGCAAUUAAAAUUUAUUUCAGAUUCAACAAAAUACAAUUGACAUAGAUGACCCAUCUUUAACAUUGAAGAUAAAGCUCUCUGGAGAUGGAGCUAAAAUGACUAGACUAACAAAUUUUGUAGUCAUAUCAUUUGCUGUCUUGGAUAGCGAAGCUGACAUGAUGUCAUCAAAAGGUAUAUGUAAGAAAAGAGUUAUGUGGGCAUAUUAAUUGAACAAUGUUAGACUACCCAGCCAUUCAAAUUCUACUCUAAAUCUAAUCCUGAUCCUACAUCCAUACCUACCCCUAUUUGACUAAUUUGUGUAUAUAUCCCAUUGAGCUAUAAUGUGCCCCAGUGUGCCCAUUUUUUUUUCCUGUCCAAUGCCAGACAAUUUUACUUGUCAAUGGGGAAGCUCUGCAGCUUAAUGGGAUAUAAUGAAUAUCUGGAGCACUUUUAAAUUUUGUCGGUAAAACUAUAUUUAUCUUUAUUAUAAUCUCAAUUUAUCUCAAGGGAAUCACACAAUUGCCAUAAUAAAAGGCCAAGAGUCUUAUGACUUACUACAGCAGUCAUGCUCAAGUUUACUGAAGCAAGUGAACAAGCUACUUGAAGCCAAGAAAUUAACCGUGAAUGGAAAAGACAUUCCAGUUGAUAUUUAUCUUGGUGGAGACUACAAGGUACUGUAGUCUUACACACUAGUCUUACGGCUUCAGUGUUGCAGUGGUUAGCACAACUCUGAAUGUAGUAAUCAAAUUAGACCUUAUGCAUAAUGACGUCACAACACUUGAUACCAGCAAGGAAUGUUGAUCUUAGUAGUCAUCAACCAGGAAAAUUAAACAAUUCAACAUGGCCACUAUCGGAACCUUCCCUGGCGAUGACUAUUAAGACCGGCAUUCCUCGAAGGCAUCAAGCCUUGUGACGUCAUUAUUUAACUAAUGAAACAGUUUCAUGUCCUUUUUGUUUUCCUAAUGUUUAGUUUCUCCUACUCAUACUGGGUAUGAAGUCAGCAACAAGUGAUUAUGCUUGUAUUUGGUGUAAGAUUUUCAAGUUGGACAGGUAUUUAGAGUGUUAGUUUGAUGAUUGGUUAUUCAACUACCUGAGAAAGAGAAAACAAAUUCUUUGACAUUUCAAGCAAUUAGGCCCUUUGUUAAGAAGUUGGUGAACUUUGCUAAGAAGUUAGUCGCUCACUUCUUGACAAAGAGCCUUUGCUCGAAAUGCCAAUUAAUUUGUUUUCUAUUUUUCAGGUUGUUGAAUAACUGACACUUCUUGUGUCACUAUCUACACUGGUGGUGUCUGGCACCCUUCUUGCAAGUGUAAAUUUAGAAUGUUAACCCUUUAAUUUACAAUCCUCAUCGAGAAGAAAGUGUUGAACUUUAAUUGACUGAAUGGCAAUGCACCUAAAUGUGACCCACCUCAGUCUGUAUUAUGCCCGAUGAAUGAAGAGAAACACAGAAACAUGAAAAUUCUAUUCUUAGCAUUGUGUUGCAUCAUGAUCUUGUUUUACAUUUAGGUAUGACAUGUCAAAGCCAAUUGACUAUUACUGGCAGGCUAAGUUGGCCAGAACGUUCGAAGAAAUGCGGGAACAGGCCAAGAGCUGCAAAUUCUCAUGUGAGCACAGACCACUAAUUAACAUCGCAUUAGAAAAUGUGGUCUUAGAUGAACUCCAUUUAAUGCUUCGAAUUACUGGUAAGUUAAACCUAUCUUGUUUUCAUUAUUUCACAGGUAUUUAAUUAAUUUAAAGCACUGAACAGAGUUGUCACUCCUACAAUUAUCUAGUCUACAGCUGCUACUGUAUUUUAUAUUAAUUGUCUAUGGCGAAAGGGAAAAGCCUAGACUAUGUAGACUGCACCUCAGUUCAGUUUCACAAUCAUUCGUGCACAUGAAUUAUAUAUUGAUGUAAAAGCUUUGGCAAAUUUGGGUCGGGUUGAAUGAAAAAGUCUGGCGAAAUUCACUGUUCGCAGGCCUAAACUGAAAACCCUGUAGAAAGCAAUGGUAAGUUACUAGAUGCAAUGUACCCUGGCUUCUGUAUUGUUUUAUUCUGCCUUACAUUAUUAGAGGAUUUACCUAUCUUGGGCAAUUGGGUAGAUAACCAAUAAUACUCAAGGAUUUCAAAUUAAUUAUCUUAGUAUUUCAAUUGAUUGUUCAAAAGAUUUACAAUCAUGUUAGUGAAAUGAAAUUGUUUAUUUAAUUUUUAAUAAUGACACAUUAUUUACAGAUAAAUUAACAGACAACCUGGUAAGAGAUGCCAUUGAGUGGGACAGGAAAGACAACCUGAACAAACCACCGAAUCAAAGAACAGCCAAGCAUGUGGAUGAUCUUGUAGGUGCAAUCAAUAGUUGCGGAGUUACUUUCAACAUUUGGGAAAAGAUGGAUGCUGAUGGAAGAGGCAGUGGAAUUUCCGAUUUCACUAGUUUGAUGGGAUCAGACAAAAAACUCCUUCUAAACAAAUUGCCAAACAAGCUUGGAGCUGUUACAAGACCAGAAAUUAGUGAGACUGUUGUGAAGAUCUGGAAGGUUUGUACUAUCAUGAGUACACUGUAUAAAGCUAAUAUCCACACUGCAACUAAGUACACCAACUGUUUUUUUUUCUCUUAGGAGUUUGCAGAACUAUACGUCCUCUUAGUAACAGAUAACCCAAGCAGUGGCGAUAUUACCAAAUACUUUCAGAAGGUAAAUAUCCUAUUUGUACAUUUGUGCAAUUAAGCCAUUAAGUGCCAGUGCUCUCCCCUUGACUAGUAAAAUCGUCUGGCGUUAGACAGAGUGAAUUACUAAAGUAGGUGCAUCAGGGUGCAAUGCGACUCUAUGGGUUAAUGCAUAAUUAAUUUCCUCAUGUUUAGCACAGACCCAGGCUGCAGCAUCUUGUAAGUAAUCAGUAUCGCCUUGCAGCAUAUUGCAAUUUUCUACACUAAUGUCUUCCAUUUAGGCUACUUCCUGGAUAAGGCUGUUUCUAACACUCAGUGGAAAAGCCAUGGGAUACGAGUCGGGAAGGGUGACACCUUACAUGCAUGCCAUGGUCUAUCAUGUGCCAAGAUUCAUGGAGAAAUGCAAAGGCGUUCGAAAAUUCACUGGACAAGGUGGGUAGUCAUAUAUGCCUUUCUUUAAAAACAGCAUCUCAUUUUUACAGUUUGCCCCAUUUAUGCCCUCACAGUCAAAAUUAUUUAAAUCCGUUUUUUUUUCUAAUCAAACAAUUAAUUUUCCUCUGCUGUAUGCUUUGUGUUGCUCAUCAACCAAGAUUCUCAUCAACCAAGACAGUACAUUUCUUUCAAUUACUAUGAUUUACAGUAAACUCAGUGGCAUCUUUGCUUUUUUGUUAGGUGUUGAAAAACUAAAUGAUGUGUGCAGAAGAGUGCAUCUGCAUCGAUCAAAUAAAUGGGAUGCUGCAAAAGAUGUUCUGCUGGUUGGGAAGAGAAUGGAGCAUCUGGCAGACUGUGAAAGGGGAGUCAGGGAAUACAAGAAGCAGAACCUGGAUUACUGGGAAGAAGGCAUCAAAGAGUCUCGAGCUAAGCGCCACAGGGUUUGCAUGCAGCCAGCUGAAGUUGGACACUUAGACUUUGAGAUGCUCAACAAUUUGACAGUUGACGAAAUUAAGCUAAGGCUUAAAAACGUGGGGGUCAAAACCCGGUAUAGGUGUAAGAAGAAGCUAAAAGAACUCCUCGUUAAUACACUGGAAGAUAAGGAAAAUGCAAUACUUUAG